CUUAAAAAUGAAAGAAAACCCAUCGACCUUUCAAAGUCCAAACCUCCCAGUCUCCUUCUCUGUUAGAUGGUAAGACUCUAAACACACACUCUCUCUCUCUCUCUCCGUCUCAAACAGAUUCCAUCUCAUUUUCAUCUUCAUCUUCAACUAUGAAGAAACUAUACCGCAAAGGCGCGGUUCAUCCUUCUCUCCCAAUAAUAUCCGACCACCUGUCCUUUCUUCCCGCCACAAUCCUCACCCUCACCGCCGCUCUUUCCCAUGAAGACAGAGAGGUUUUAGCUUACCUCAUCUCUUGCUCUAACCACCACAACAGCUUUCAGACUCAGAGAACAAAAAACAACAACACCCAGAAGAGUCUUGCUAAAAGUAAGAGUAAUAGUAGCGAUCAUCCUCCCCUUUUCAGCUGCGAUUGUUUCAGAUGUUAUAUGAGUUACUGGGUCAAGUGGGACGAGUCGCCUAAUCGCCAACUCAUACACGAGAUCAUCGACGCGUUUGAAGACGAGUUGUUGCGUAAGAACAACAAGGUGAAGAAGAAGAACAACAACAAGAAGGAUAAGAAAAAGAAAGGCGGUGCUGGGAAUUAUAAUAAUAAUAAUAAUAAUAAUAACGAUAACUCGGAUGAGUUAAAGCGGCCGAGUAAUGAUCAUCAGGUGAGUUUGGGAAAUGAAUCGUUCGCUGAGUCGGAAGAAACGAUUAGUAAAGAUGGUGAACACCGUGAAGAUGGAGAAGAAGAGAGGGGUUCAGUGAAAAGCUUCGUAAGCUUCAUUGGAGAAAAGAUUUGGGGUGUUUGGGGAUAAGUACAAAUUAAUCUUGUGAAGGUGCAAGAUUAACAUUAAAACAGGUGGGUUUAGACUAAUUCCAGUUUUAAUUUGUUCUCUAUUAUGAGAAAAAAUAAUUUUAGGUUAUUUUUUUUUUUUUUUUGUACUUUUUUUGGCUUCUUGUAUGUUACCCUUACCUAUAUAAUGUAAAAAUUAGAAGGGUAGUUCUAUUUUGAAGCAUCAAUCGUUCAAAAUCAACCCUUCAUGUUUCUCUCCUAA